AUGGAGAAAAAGGAGAGCAUCUCUGAUUACUUCUCACGCACCUUAGCAACUGUGAAUCAGAUGAGAGCCAACGGAGAGGUUAUAGCGGAUCUGCAAGUUGUGGAGAAAAUUCUUCGGACUUUAACAGAGCGGUUCGAAGGUAAAGUCACAGCAAUAGAGGAGUCAAGAGAUCUCACUGCCGUGACGGUGGAUGAACUUAUGGGUUCUCUCCAAGCUUAUGAGCAGAGGCUAAAUGAGAAGUCAGAGGUUGCAAUCGAAGAAGCAUUAGAGACUCAGUUGAAUUUGAAGAAGGAGAGAAAUUUGACGCACCGCAGUGAAGGAGGUUACCGCAGUGAGGGAGGCUACCGCCGUGAAACAAGAAACCAGAAUUCAAGCUACAAGAGAAGAUCAAAUCACCGAUUUGGAGCAAGAAGAGGAAGAGGAAAAGGCUACAAUUGGAGCCAACCACGGGAUAAGUCCAGGGUUCAAUGUUUUAAUUGCAAGGAGUAUGGCCACUACAAAACGGAGUGCAAUCAGAGAAGGAGGUCAGAGUUCCAUGUCAAGAUUGCAGAGAAUGAAGCUGAUAAUGAAGAGAAUCUGCUGCUGGCUUUUAAUGCUGUGAAUGGUCGAGAAAAAACCAAGUGGUUCUUGGAUACAGGAUGUAGCAACCAUAUGUGUGGCCAUAAGGACUUGUUCACUGAACUAAACGAGUCCAUAACAUCAGAGAUCACAUUUGGCAAUGCGGCAAAGAUGCCGUUGAAUGGAAAAGGCAAAGUGUCCAUCAAGUUGAAGGAAGGGCAAAACAAUAGCAUAUCUGAUGUGUAUUAUGUACCUGGUCUUCGCCACAAUUUACUAAGUGUGGGGCAGUUGUCUGAGAAGGGAUAUGAUAUGAGGAUCUACAGAGGAGUCUUCACCAUCGAAGACCCGCAGCAAAGGCAAAUAGCCAAGGUAAACAUGACCCCAAAUCGUCUGUUUCCUUUAUAUGCUGAUUGUGAGAAUUUACCUUGCUUUAGCUCUUCUACUGCUGGAGAUAAUUGA